AUGCCAUCUCUGACAAAUAUCUUCUUCAGUAAUUUCCUUAAUAUCCACCAUGACCGCUUCCAUAACCCAUGUCAUAAUUAUGUCCUUCACCAUAUCCCCUUUGGUAUUCUGACCCAUAAUUAUGUCCACCUCGGCCACCUUUAUUUUUUGAAUGCCGUCCUCCGCUAUGACCACCUCGAUGUCCAUGUCCCUCACUUUGAUCAAGUUGUGAUUUUGGUUUGCGGAAUUGCCAACAAUAGUCGCGUAUCUUAA